CAGGUGCGAGGGUUCCUGUGUCAGCUGACAGCUCCUUGUGAGGGGCGCGGCCUGCUCCUCUCCCCUGCAGCCGGCGGACUGUUGGACGGGAGGACGCAGCGCUCCAUCCCUCCACAGCGGCGGACAUGACGGACGCAGCGGAGACCUGCAUUAAGGUGGUGUGCCGCUUCAGGCCGCUCAACAGCGCGGAGGUGGCCCGGGGAGACAAGUACAUCCCGAAGUUUCAAGGAGAUGACUGUGUCUCGAUUGCUGGUAAACCGUACUACUUUGACCGCGUUUUCCAGUCCAACACAACUCAGGAACAAUUCUACAAUGCUGUGGCUCAGAAGAUUGUCAAAGAUGUCCUGGAGGGCUACAAUGGGACAAUAUUUGCCUAUGGACAGACAUCCUCUGGCAAAACACACACUAUGGAGGGGAAACUUCAUGACCCAGACAUGAUGGGAGUCAUCCCCAGGAUUGUUCAAGACAUCUUCAACUACAUUUACUCCAUGGAUCAGAACCUGGAGUUUCAUAUCAAAGUUUCAUAUUUUGAAGUCUAUUUGGACAAAAUCAAAGACUUGUUGGAUGUGACGAAGACCAACCUUUCCGUACACGAGGACAAAAACAGGGUGCCUUAUGUCAAGGGGUGUACAGAGCGUUUUGUGUGCAGUCCUAACGAGGUCAUGGAAGCCAUAGAGGACGGGAAAAACAACCGAAGCGUGGCUGUCACAAACAUGAACGAGCACAGCUCCAGGAGUCACAGCAUCUUCCUCAUUAACAUAAAGCAGGAAAACACUCAGACUGGACACAAGCUGACCGGCAAGCUGUACCUCGUUGAUCUGGCCGGGAGUGAGAAAGUGGGUAAAACAGGAGCAGAGGGCACAGUGCUGGAUGAAGCCAAGAUGAUCAACAAGUCCCUGUCUUCACUGGGAAUCGUCAUUUCAGCUCUGGCAGAGGGCUCGAGCUAUGUACCAUACAGAGACAGUAAGAUGACCAGGAUCCUGCAGGACUCCCUGGGAGGGAACUGUCGGACCACCAUGGUCAUCUGCUGCUCACCUUCCUCUUUCAAUGAUGCUGAGACCAGGACCACGCUGCAGUUUGGACAGAGGGCAAAGACGGUCAAGAACACAGUGUGUCUGAAUGUGGAGCUGACCGCAGAGCAGUGGAAGAGCAAGUGGGAGAAAGAGAAGGAGAAGAACAAGACGCUGAAAAACACCGUCACCUGGCUCGAGACCGAGCUCAACCGGUGGAGGAGCGGAGAGAGCGUGCCAGCAGAGGAACAGUUUGAUAAAGAAAAGGCCAAAGAAGAGGUCAAGGCUCUGGACAGUGCGCUCAACAAUGAUAAGACACCAACACAACCUGCCCUGAGCAGCCUGCCCGGGGUCAAGAUUACAGACGCAGAGAAAGCGAAGUACGAGGCAGAACUUGCCAAGCUCUACAAAGAGCUGGAUGAUAAGGAUGAUGAGAUCAACCAGCAGUCUCAGCUGGUGGAGAAGCUGGAGCAACAGAUGAUGGACCAGGAGGAGCUCUUAUCCUCCUCCCGCCAAGAUCACGACACCCUGCAAACAGAGCUGAACCGGCUGCUGGCAGAGAACGAAGCCUCCAAGGAGGAGGUGAAGGAGGUGCUGCAGGCACUCGAGGAACUGGCCGUCAACUACGACCAGAAGAGUCAGGAAGUUGAGGACAGAGCAAGAGAGUUUGAGGCGCUCAGCGAAGAGCUGAAUGAGAAAUCGAGCUCCUUGGCCUCCAUUGACUCUGAACUCCAGAAGCUGAAGGAGAUGACCAACCACCAGAAGAAGAGGGUCACUGAGAUGAUGUCAUCAUUACUCAAAGACCUGGCUGAGAUUGGAAUCGCUGUGGGAAGCAACGACAUAAAGCAACAAGAAAGCACUGGUCUCAUUGAUGAAGAGUUCACUGUGGCCCGUCUCUACAUCAGUAAGAUGAAGUCAGAGGUGAAGACGUUGGUGAAGCGCAGCAAACAGCUGGAGAGCACCCAGGCUGAGAGCACCCAGAAGAGAGAGGAGAUGGAGGUGGAGCUGACUGCUUGCCAGUUCCGCAUUUCCCAGCAUGAAGCGAAGAUCAAGUCCCUGACAGACUCCCUCCAGAAUGUAGAGCAGAAGAAAAGGCACCUGGAGGAAACUUUGGACAAUCUCAAUGAGGAAAUAGUCCGGAUCAAAGCCCAAGAGAGAGUCAACACCAUGGAAAAGGACAGCGAGAUCCAAUCUGCCAAUGAAGUCAAGGAUGCUGUGGAGAGGCAGAUCCAGUCUCACAGAGAGAUCCAUCAGAAACAGAUCAGCAGCCUGAGGGAUGAGCUGGACAACAAGGAGAAACUGCUCACAGAGCUGCAGGAUCUAAACCAGAAGAUCAUGCUGGAGCAGGAAAGGCUGAGGGUGGAGCACGAGAAGCUCAAGGCUGUCGACCAGGAGAAGAGCCGCCAACUGCAAGAACUCACGGUGCAGCAGGACAGACGGGAACAGGCCAGACAGGACCUGAAGGGACUGGAGGAGACUGUGGCCCGAGAGCUGCAGACACUCCACAACCUCCGGAGGCUUUUUGUCCAAGACCUGGCCACUAGACUCAAAAAGAACGCUCAGAUGGACGACUCGGAAGGAAGUAAUGCCCAGAAACAGAAGAUCUGCUUCCUGGAGAACAACCUGGAGCAGCUCACCAAAGUUCACAAGCAGCUGCUACGGGACAACGCUGACCUUCGUGGUGAGAUUCCUAAAAUGGAGAAGCGCCUGCGGGCGACUGUUGAGCGCGUCAAAGCCUUGGAGUCAGCUCUGAAGGAGGCCAAAGAGAAUGCAGCUCGAGACCGAAGCCGCUACGAGCAGGAGAUGGAGCGCAUUAAGGACGCUGCCAGGCCCAAAAACAUGGGCAGGAGACCCUCGGCGCAGAUAGCCAAGCCCAUCAGACCAGGCCAGCUGCCGGGAGCCUCUCCCAGCAUCAUCAGGUCCAACCUCAUCCAGAACAACCUGCCUGCCAGCAUCAUAGAAGGAGGCAACAGCAGCUCCUGAGGAUGGGGCACAGUCGCUCCGCCAGGAGCCAAAGCCCCAGGUCCAGAGAUGCUUUUAGUCCAAAGCACUGAACUUUUACCUGAAUCCAAUGGGACCAUUCCUACAAUAUCAAAGCGUGUAUAUAUUGUAUAUAAGUAUAGCCUGUACUGUGCACUGUGCAUUCCUUCAAGCCUAAGAGAAAUUUAAACACAUUACUGUCUUGCUAAAUAAUAAACACAUAAUGUGACAUGUUGCUUUGUUAAAACCAUUAAAGCUGGGGUUGACAACAAUGAAGAUAAAACAGCAAGAGCAUUCUAAAAUUUGAACGUCACCAACUGAAAGAAUCCCGUCCCCUCCCUGCAGAGCCCCUCCUACACCAGCCAGUUUGCUACAUUCAACAAGGUCUAUCAGCAUUUUCAGUCUAAUAAAGAUAAUAAACAACUCUGUUAUGUGCAACAACUAUACAAAUACAAAUUAAUGUCGCAAACAGACCUCUGUCCAAAAAGGCUACCCAAGCAGGUGUCUGCUUUGUGCUUACCAGGUUAGCCGCUGAACAGAUCUGUUGCUGCCGUCGCUGGUCACCCUGCUACUGACUGAGCUAGCUGCUGAGCAGCAGGCUCAGGGGCUGUGUACUGUGCUCGCCAUGGCCAUCUAACUAUUCCAAGUUUGCUGGAUGGGCUUCAUGAGACGCCUGCAACAGCCACAGAGACUGGAUUUUUGAUUUAUGAUUGCUGUCUGUAUGUUAAAUUACUACAGAAAAUAUAUGCAUAAAUAAAUUGAUAAAAUUACUGGAAUAAUUUACCAACCCCAGCUUUAACACCAGAAUUAGCCCUUGGUCCAGGGCAAAAAAGCCACUGGGAGUAGGUAGAGACAAAUUGUAUUUAUUCCUGAUUUGUUUCUCCAGGCAAUCGCUCACUCAUGUUUAAUUUGUCCGCCAAGACAUCAGUUGUGUUUCCUGUUAAUGUAUCCAGACUGAGCUGGAAAUGCUUGAAUUUACAGCAGAAAAGUUGAUGAUGACUUACUCUGUAACACUAACACUCUCAAGUCUGUUCGCUCUGUGGUAGGUGCCGUACUAGCACUCUUUGUAAAGUAAGUAAAGUUAAAGCCUCUGAUGCAAGAUUUACUCCAACUUCUGAAUGCGAAACUUGUUUUUUGUCACUCAUGAGCUUUUUGCUAAAAAGCGCCUUUUUCUAAUGCUAUUCCAGAGAUAAUCCAGAGAUAUUAAAUUUAAAUUGGAAACCUCACUGUAGUUUAUUUAUUUGCUUACAAUGAGAGGAUUUGAGUCACACAGCCUGUUUCAGUGUUAUUUGAAGUAUUGUCCCAAAUAUAUACUGGAUCCUAAACAAAA